CCGCUAUUUAUAGCAACUCUUCAGAGCAGCCUGUUGUGUUUGUUGUGUCGGCUAAAUUGGGCGACGCGUUUGCUCCAAGUGUAAAUUUAUGAAAUAAAUACAAAUGCGUGGCCUAAUCAUAGUACCCAUGGACUUGGAACCGGGUUUCCGCAAAGCAGACAUACACAGCAUACCCGUUAUUAGUAGUGGAAUGGUGUUUAAUUUUUUUGCAACAGCCACAGACAACAAAAUCUCUUCAGAAAGCAACGAUUUGUUAAUAGACUAUGUACACAUGCGCCGGCAGCCCGAGCUAUGUGAAAUAAAGGCUUUGGUUUUCUCUGCCUCAGACUUCGCCAAUACGGAAACACAUGCCAAUGUAGCCGUUAAGGUGAUGGAAGAUUCAAAUUCUCUAGCGGAUGGACAGUGCAGCUUGUGCAUAGGAGUUGCUGUUUGUCCGCAUGUUGUGGCGUUUGUCUUUUGGCUGCACAAUAAGAGUACAGAUAAAAAGCCUGCAGCUGUAAUAGAAUUCUGGGGCAAUGAGCUGGAAGCGCUUGUUCAACCGGAACCCACAAAGGCAAUGCGCAUAAAGGACAUGGUGCCCAGUCAAGAUUUGAAGUCCGAAAGUGAAGAGGAUGUACCCUGCUCUAGCGAGGACAAAGACCAUGCAUUUCUAGAAUCUGUGCUCGAAGAGCUCGCCAUCUGCGGACGUGAUUCUGCGCUGUAUCGCCAGUGCGUGGAAACAACAGACGAGUUCGAGUCGAUACUCAUACAUCACAUAUUGUUGAAAGCAGCGGAAUAUAACAUUUAUGAUGUGCAAAGUUUUAUACAGCAUCUAGAGCUGCAGGCACAAAGUGGACUCUUCGAAAGUUUCAGCGAAGUGACCAAAAGGCAGUACAAAUCAAAGCUUUGGAUAGAAGCGCAAUACAUGCGUAUACGCUGUUCUAUGAUUCACAUGAUUGCCACACGCAAAGCUCCGGAGGAGGACGAACAGAUCUUUAAUAUGCUCUUUUGCAAAGGACGCGACGAGGACAUCGAGGAUCGUGUUCAGCAGAAGCAACACAAGCGUUUCAUAUUGAAACAAACCGAAAAGUUAGAAAACAAAGAAUAUCUGGAAUGUGGUCUGCUGCUUCACGAAAACUAUCCCUAUUUGUGUGGCGCACCCGAUGGCAUUACGGAUGAUCAUAUUGUUGAAAUCAAAUCACCAAAGACUGAGGAGGACUUUGAGAAGUAUCUCGAGGCCCGCGAAUCCAUAGCACCCAAAUACAUGGCACAGAUACAAACGCAAAUGUUUCUAGCCAACGUAAAGAAGGCGCUGUACUGCGUGCUUAGCCCCACGUUCGAAACGAACGGGGCUCUACACUACGUCUGGGUACAGGCCGAUCCCGAGUUUGUGGCCAGUUUGUUAGGCACCGCCGAUGAAUUUUGGAAGGAAGUUGUCUACCCGCGUCUCAUCAGCAUUUAUCCACAAGCAUUAUAAGCAAGAGCAAUAAAUAUAACUACAGCUAGCUGGCUUGGUAACAGCUUCUUAAGGAAUCACUUGACUCACCUUUGGC